ACAACUUGUCCAAGGGCAUACAUUAGAACUCAGCAUCAAAAUCAUUGAGAAACCUUAAUAGAUUAGAGGUCCCUUGAGUUGAGCUUGAAGCCUCACAACAUUUCUCUUCCUGUGCCAACUACAACCAGCUAGUCUCCUAAAACUCAUGGCCGCCACCACUACCUCUACAAGCUGUUCUACCUGCUUCAAUUUUCAAUCCAAAACGGUUGAGCCAAGGCCCCUGACCUCGCCGUCGUCGAGCCACGGCUCACCCGGGUGUGGCAAGCUUGAUGGGGUGGCUAUGUGGUUCAUCAAUGGUGUCACCACCGCCUUUUUCGCAUCUUUGGAACGAUGUUCUUGCAUCCGUAUUGCCACAACUGAGGAUGAUGGUGAUGAAGGCAAUGACUUGCCAUUGAUUUUCAAUGAUGGAAAUUUUAGGCACGAUGGUGGAAGUGGCACAACUAGCAAGAGGAGGACAGGGAAAGGCAAGAAGGGAGGAGCACUUAUUGAGUACUAAAAGAAUUUUUAUGAUAAAAGUGAAAAAAAUCAAGGUUCUUUUUUUUUUUUUUUUUCUUUUGGGGGUAAGUAAUUUCUGAGGAAGUUCUUGGAGUUGUGGAGUUUGUUUCAUAUAAUAUGGUUUUGGAAGGAAAAACAUGAAGAAAAGGAGUUAUGUUUAUUGCUUUUGAACCUGUGAUGAAUAUGAUCCAAUCAAUAACUGCAUUUAAAUUA